UGAACUUUACGUUGAUGACCUUUUGUCAUGUGUAAUUUCAGUUGUAACUGCUCAGUCUUUCCAAAUUCCCAAUUAUUACCGGAGUUACGUAUUUGGUGUACUCAUUGUUCAUUAUAUUUGAUAUAUAUAUCUAGACUGCAUAAUGCAUGGUGAUCUGUCUCCUCAUUUGCACAGUGAAGAGUGUAAUAUUAUUAUACAACAAUUACACAACUGUCACAAAGAGAAUCCUUGGAAGAAGUUUAUUGGUGCCUGUAAUGAGUUAGAUGCAUCAAUGGUUAGAUGUCUUAGGAGAGAGAGGGAGGGCCGUCGUGCUGCAAAUAAAUUGAAAUCAGAUGCAAUGAAAGCUAAAAUCAGUAGACUACAUGAAAUGCGAGGACAAGAGAAAUCAUGAGACUUAUUCCUUCAGAUCAACGAACUUCUACAUGUAUCAACUUCUAUGAAACACCUGGACUGUUAAAAUUAAGUUGUUGGCAUGGAAGAGGGUACAUAUGUGUGCGUUGUUAUAUACAAGUUAUGCAGCUGGGCUGAACAGAAACUAUGUUCAUGAACACUUCAGUCAGAAUAUGUGUGUAAUUUCUUCGCUGAAAUUAUUAGGCAUACCAUGUAUGUUGUUUGAAUGAUAUGUGAUCAGUUUUUGCUUGAUUAUAUGUACUGGUAUAUAUGCUAUU